CCCUUUAUAUCACCAUUUAUCACGACCUAUUAAAUGUCUCUAAUUGACGAAGAUUUAGUAUAUUCUAGUGCGUCUGUAUAUAUUAUAAUCUGUCACUGUAAAUAAAUGCUAUCAGUGUUAGCACAAUAGAUUAACAUGAACAAUUUUUACCGUUCUAUAAUGUUAAUCUGAGGUAUUAUGGCCAAUGUUGGCAUCAUCUAUUAUGUAAUAUACGCAUGUCUUAGACCUUAUAAUAUACCUACGACAUCUACGUCAAUAUAUUACCAGAAAGUCGCAAUUACUAAAACGAAAAUUAUUAUUAUAAUUUUUUUUUAUACAACAGAAUAAUAAGGUGAUCCAACGUCUAUGUAUACCUAAUUAAUAAUUUUUAAACUCUUUGUUACUCUGAUGGAAAUAACUAAGAACACUUUACACUAUUGGAUUAUUAAAUUAUAAAUAAAUCUUUAAAUUAUUUGUAUAAUAUUAUAUUAUAAAAUAUACAAAACCAGAAAGGUGUUUUUGAAGCCGUGACAUAUGGAUAGCAAUCUAUUACCAUACGUGCGUAUCAAAAAUGGAGUUAGACAUGCGAACAUUCUGUGAUUCUCAGUCAAUUCCAAAUUGCCAGUGUCGGAAUAAUAUCAACAGUUGACCCAGUUUAUAUGUGUUGCCUUUUAUUUGAGACGAUUUAAAUGUUGGAUUCGUAUAUUAUAAAACAUACAGUGGAAAAAUGUGGUUAUUUUAUAUUGUUAGGGAAUUUGUUGAAACAUAAAAGUGUUGUAAAUAUUUUAGGUUUGCAAUUUUUUUUUUAAAUUUUCAAAGUUUAUUUCUAUUAAAAUGUUUAAAUUAUUAUAAAUAUAAAGUGUUUCAAUUAUAAAAUCAAAUAUGGCUGAUGUGAACAGAAUACUGAAACUUGACAGAAUAUACACGAAUUUGGAUUAUUUGAAAAUAACGUUACCCAGUGAUCCAGAUUGGCAGUUGAGUACUUAUAAAAAAUUGGUUGAAAAACAAAGAGACAUGAGCAAGCAAGAAAAUAUGAUAGAUGAUGCAGUUACAAUGGCAUCGUCCUUAAAAGUCGGGUAUUUAUUCGAAACUGCAUUUCAUAAAUCGCCAAAAAAAACCGAUGAAUUAUUAGAUAAGGAUUACAUAUUGGAAAAUGAAAAAGAAAUAGUCGGCGAAGAGUUCGACCGAAAUACUGAGCUCUGGACAAAUCGUGAGGUGGUGCUUGCGGCUAAAGUUCUAAGUGCAAAAAAUCCUAAGAAACAUGGUAUACAAUUUGUGUCUGACAACCAGAUGAGGAGAGUGUACGACAUAAUAUUUGAAGUAUUUAGAUAUAGAACCAUUAUCAACGAAAUAUUAAAUAAUAUUGACUUUGAAAACAUUUACCCAAACUACUCCAAGAUGACACUUCUUGUAUGGCUGAUGUCUUUUGAUUAUUACCGGAAUAAAUUUAAACCAAGGAAAUUAGAUGAAAAGGAGGUAUUGAGUUUCAAUAAAUUGCAAUUGAUUGAAAUAGCUGAUAUUCUAAAGGAAAUACAAAUUCAAUUAGCUGCAUCUUUUUCGAAAUUUCGAAUAAAACAUUGUGCCUUAUCACUGUCUGAUAUGUUGCCAAGACAUUUGCGUAAUGAACGAUUCAAAAAGUCUUCGGAAACUGUUAUUAGUUGUUGGAUAAACACAUUCUUGACCAGCACAGAGAACGUAUUAACUGCAUUAAGCAAAUCAGGACUAACUCAAAUGAAGAAUUCUGAAGAUUUAAUUCCCGAAACAUUUAAAAUGGAUCAUUUAUUGCCUUAUUUUAUACACAUUUAUCCGAAAGAUAAAUCGGAGUUCUUAAAAAAAAUUCCACUGUUUCAGAAACAUUUAUUGAUUUUACAGGAACGCAGAUAUUGUCUGGGACCCGCGAUGCUGGACCGGACGAUGAGCGCUAACAAGCUGUGCGGUAACGUGGCUCAGACGCAUUUCACAAUCCAGACAGCGGUCGCCUACAUGGCGUCUCUGUUGUUCAAACGAAAGCAAUCGCUGAUCGUUUACGGAGCCGCCGAAAGGAAAAAUGACUAUUACAACUAUUUCGUGAGCUUGGGCGUGCAGAACUGCAAAUUGCUCACCGAAGAUUUUCUUCAGUCGAGCUCCAACAAUCAGCUGUCGCUGGAUAUCGUAUCCGUACUGGCUACACCGCCAAACACUAACACUGGGGUCACGGAUCCCGUUCAGUUGGUGUGUUCGAAAGGUGGAGACCUUACGUUACUCAGGGCUGUGGCGUCGUUGGACUACACUGAAGAGUCGUCGGACAUACCUUGCAUGUUGGACCAGAGAGACACUCUACGGAUGGCCAUGUCUAAACCUCAGGUGCAAAUCGUAGUGUACGAAACACAUUCCCGGUUGGAGUUGGAAAACGGUGGCAUGGUAAAGGCGGUGGUCGAAGAGAUGAACGGAUGGGCGUACGAGAAGCACAACAUGGACAAUUAUUCAUCGGUGAGCGCCGACGAUAGCAACAAAUUCAGCACUUCUGUUGAGACACCCUGGCGACCGGCUGUUUUCCAUCCGGUUCAGAUUCCUGACAAGGAUCGGUUUGAAACAAUGAUACUGUAUCCAGAUAAGUCAAUUGAGAAUAUGGAGAAGAAUCAUGUUACUGGAAGCCUUUAUUUGGCGGCCGUCAAAAGGGUGGAACUGAUGACUUUUGAUGCAAACCAUUUGAUACGAAUGGCUGAGCAAAGAGGACUAUUCGGCAAGCCUGUGAAAGGGCGCAAACAAAAGAUCCCCAGUCCCAUUAUAUUGUUGUCUCUGACCAAUAGCGAUGAACCCAGAGUGAUGUUGAAAUUUGAGCAAAUGCACGUUUUGGUGCCUACACAUGCAUUUCUACAACGUUGUGCCAACAAAACACUACAAUGUCCUCGUUUUGGUAAACCUUAUAACAACACAUCCAUACCUACCCGUUGGUGGAGAAUAAGUGUACGCCAUGUAAUCAAAGCAUUGAGGAAACCUUUUUUUGCUUGGACCAAAGUGCAAAUGGUUAGAUUUGGAAAACGUACAAAUAGAAUACCACUAAGAUUAAAAAAAGUCACUACAUCUUUCCAACCGCAAAAAACAAAACGGAUUUAUUUGUGUUCAUAUAUAUGUUAGUGACGUAUAGUAUAAUUAAUAUAAUACAUCAAUAAUAUGUAAUAUUAUAUAUUAAAAACAUAAAUAUAAAUAUUUUAU